AUGAGCCCAUGGCCGGAAGCCAAAGGUAGUGCGGAGCAGAUCCCGCUUUUCGAGCUCCUGUUCCUGAAUACGAUGAUGAACGGAUUGGUGGAGAAACAUAUCAGCCUCAAUGUGGCUGCACGUCAGGCUAAACCAGUGGCACAGCCUUAUGACGGGUGGAUGCCAGAUGGAGAGAAGCGCACACAACAACCAUCGAACACUUCCGCCUUUCAGGAGGCGCAGAUAUCCCUGGCUCCCAGAAACAAACUGCUCCCUUUCGACAAUUCGUUUGGUUCGCAAGAACUUCCAAGCGCAUUGCGACGUUCUCUCCGCCGCCUGGGACUCCGUCAUUUGCUCAGCAUGCCGUCCAUCCUCUCCCAACCGGCUCCUCAGUCUAAAGCGGUCACCGGUCGCCCACCGCUUGACGACGAACUCUACGUGAUGGAGCGUUACGCCAGUCACGCCGUGCACUGCGCUCCAUGUGCGCACCCUUACACAACAAUACGACGAGGACAAUCCCUUUGCUCACGUGGAGCUCGCCAUGUCACCAAUAUGGCUCAAUACAUUUAUAGCCGUGACGGCAAAGCCUAUUCCGUGGCGACAAAGGACCGUGGACAAGCUCAAGAAAUCGCUAUCCCGUCGAGAUUUGCAGUCAUCGCGGAGCUAAUGCGUGCGUUCGAGUACGGACUCAAAGUCAAGAAGGCACAGGCAGUGGUCAUUCACGACAAGCGCAACGAUACACAAGAACUGCCUUCAACGCCUGUGCAGCUUUCAGCUCCAAAGACGCCUGCUAUCUAUACUCCGAAGCCAGCGACGGGGAUUGUUUCCAAUACUCAGUUAGUCCGCCAAAAUCAAGAUCUUCAAGAAAUUGGGGAACCCGAGAAACGCUACAAUAGCCCACGAAUAAAGACUCCCGGCCAGUACCUCCGCUGA